CCUUGAUCGUUAAAAAGUUAUCCGGAAUAGUCCGUCUAUGACUAAAUUGGGAUCCACUAUGUAUCUCGAAUUUUGAUCAAUUUCUAUCUGAAGACUAUUUUGGAAUUUAUUUUGCUUGGUCGGAGAACUAAAUCGGAGAAAUAUGAUGAUAGUUUAGAGGGCACUAUUUUGGCUUUUAUUCUCAGAAAGAGUUAGCUACAUUUUCCACCAUUUGGAAUCAACUAUUCAUCCUCAACAUUCAGGUGAUGAUCCUCACCUUCCUAACAAGAUAUUGGAUCCUGAAUAUCUAAGUCAGGUAUCAGAUACAUAUAGAGAUGUCCAGCAAGUCCUACAGAAACAUGGUCCAUGGGCUUCUGCUUGGGUAGGUGAAGCUGGUGGCGCCUACAACAGUGGGGCUCAUCUUGUUUCAAACACAUUUUUGAACAGCUUUUGGUAUUUGGAUCAGUUAGGAAUGGCGUCUAAAUUCAACACCAAAACUUAUUGCAGACAAAGUUUGAUUGGUGGCAACUAUGGCCUCCUUGACACUGAAACAUAUAUACCAAAUCCUGAUUAUUACAGCGCACUGUUGUGGCAUCGGCUUAUGGGGAAGAGAGUUCUUUAUGUCAAUAACAAUGGGUCUUCCUUUCUACGAGUUUAUGCCCAUUGCACGAAAAAAACGGCUGGAGUUUCUCUGGUCCUAAUCAACUUACUCAACUCUGAGUUCAGAAUCAAUGUUGAAAAGGAGACAAAUCGCAAAAUUAGUGUGGAUUAUGAACGUAAGAAUAACUGCUCUUUUUCAGAUAGAUUGGAGAAGAUGGUAUACUUGAAUGGAAUGAAAGAACGCCACAGUUCAAUCAAGCGAAAAGAGUAUCAUCUAACAGCAAAGGAUGGCAACCAUAGAAGUAGAAUUAUGCUACUAAAUGGAAGAACUCUGCAACUUUCAGAAGAUGGAAAGAUUCCAGAUUUAGUUCCUUCAUAUAUUUACAGCAACUCACCAAUUAUAGUUGCUCCUCUCUCCAUUGUUUUUGUUGUGAUGCCGAACUUUGAUGCUGAAGCCUGUUCAUAAGAACUCUCUGUUUGUAUCUUUUGAUGCCUGAGAGAGCUACAGUUAUGUUGUAACUUUAUGGUUUGAAUUAAAUGCUGUAAUUUGUGUUUUA